CGUGUGUAUGCAUGCUGUAAAUAUUGAAGGGUAAACUGUUAUGAAACUCACAGUAUAUAAAUCAGAAUCACUCAUCGUAAAAUAUCAUAUACAACAUUUGAAAAUGAGAAAACCAUUGACAUGAAUAACGUUCAAAAUUAAUGGAGACAAUUACGUAACUGACGUGUUGAAAGGCGGUGAUUAAACCGAAGACAUGCCGAGUGUUGAGAACGGUAGGAACAGUCACCUGAGGGGAGCCGGCUUAUUUCAUCAUAUGAAAUGGGAACAUCUUCUUGCUGGUGUUAGCGGCGGAGUCAUAGCCACUCUAAUCCUUCACCCUCUAGAUCUUGUGAAAAUCCGAUUCCAAGUUCAUGAGGGUGCAGUGGCCACAGUGUCAAGACCAAAAUACAAAGGAAUCUUGGAUGCUUUUCUACAGAUUGCUCGUAAAGAUGGAGUCACCGGAAUAUACAGAGGAGUUGUGCCCAAUGUUUGGGGCGCUGGCAUAUCCUGGGGGUUCUACUUCCUGUUCUAUAACAGCAUCAAGACUUGGAUGCAGGACGGAGAUACUCAGAUGAACCUGGGUCCAGUAAAACACAUGCUGGCAGCCUCCGAAGCAGGACUACUGACCCUCAUCCUAACAAAUCCUAUUUGGGUCGUGAAGACUAGAAUGUGCCUACAGUACGAAACCCCGGCGACAUCCAGCAAGAUGUAUAAAGGAAUGUUCGAUGCUCUCUACAGGAUAUUUAAUGCCGAGGGAUUCCGAGGCCUCUAUAGGGGGUUUUUACCCGGAGUGUUUGGAAUAUCACACGGUGCUGUACAAUUCAUGGCUUACGAAGAGAUGAAGUCCCGCUACAAUAUCCACAAAGAUCGUCCUGUUGACUACCGACUGAAAUCACUGGACUACAUUGUGUUUGCGGCCUUGUCCAAAAUAAUAGCGGCAAGCACCACCUAUCCGUAUCAGGUGAUACGAGCCAGACUUCAAGACCAGCAUAGACACUAUGCUGGAAACAUUGACAUCAUCCGGCAGAUAUUCCGGUAUGAGGGGGUUCGAGGCUAUUACAAAGGUUUUGGUGUUUACCUUUUGCAUGUGACACCCAACAUAUGCAUCGUGUUCUUCCUCUACGAAUAUCUGUCCAACUUCAGUAAAAACAAACAUGUAACUGACCCAGACCAGAAGAAGAGCAAGUGGAGUUGAUAAACAUUCAAAACCUAGUUUUCAAGAUGUUUUAUAAGGGAAUCACUGCAAUCAAAGGAAUUCAAGUGAUUGUUCAAAGCAGAAGAGUUUGAAAGACGAUCGUUCAAAGUGAAUCGCUGCAAGCAGAAGAGUUUAAGUGAUCAAGAUUGUUCAACUUUGUGAAACACUGGGAUUUGUGCAGAGGAAUUGCAAGAAAAAAAUCGUUAAAAGCAAAUCACUACAAGCAGAAGAGUUUAAGUGGUAAACAAAUAUUCAAAGCAGAAGAGUUUGAAAGACAAUAAUUAUUCAAAAUGAAUCACUAGCUGCAAGUAGAAGAGCUUAAGUGAUAUUGUUCAACUUCGUUAUUCACUCAGAUUUAAGCAGAAGAGAGUUUGAAAGACAAAGAUUGUUCACAGUAAACCAUUGGAAGCAGAAGAGUUUAAGUGGUAAAAAUGUUCAGGUAGAGGAGAGUGAUAAAGAUUUGUCAACUUGGUGAAUCCCAGGGAUAUAGGCAGAAGAGUUUGAAAGAGAAGGAUUGUUUAAAGUGAAUUGUUGCAAGCAGAAAAGCUUAAGUGAUAAAGAUUGUUCAUCUAAGUGAAUCGCUGGGAUUUAGGCAGAAGAGUUUGAAAGACAAAGAUCAUUCAAAGCAAAUCACUACAAGCAGAAGAGUUUGAGUGAUAAAGAUUGUUGAAUACAGAAGAGUUUGAGUGAUAAAGAUUGUUGAAUACAGAAGAGUUUGAGUGACAAAAAUUGUUCAAAGUUAAUCAAUGCAAGCAGAUAGCUUACGUGAUAAAGAUUUUAAACUUAGUGAUUUACUUGGAUUUAAGCAAAAGAGUUUGAAAGACAAGGUUCUUUCGAAGCAUAAUUAGCUACCAAAUCACUGCAAGUAGAAGAGAUUGACUAAUUAAAGAUAUCACAACAUGGCAACAAAGCAAGAUCAUCACACUUUGCAGUUGCAGAAUUCCGGAUCUCUGUAUAAUUGUCAUGUUCAGAUUGACUGAUGACUAUUUUGCUAGUUUCAUAUCUGUGACCAAACCAUAUAUUUGUAUAUGUCAAACCAUGUAAUGUGAGUCAAGUUCACUUCUCAGUUUAAAGGUUAUAUAAACAAACCUAGCAUUCAUACAUGAUAUAUCUAACGACUCACGAAAAUUACUUCAGGAAAACUCCUCACAGCGUGAGACACAUUUCUCACGAAUUUUGAUCGGUCUCACGAAAAGAAACAAAGUCUGGUCAAUCUAAGUGAAUAAACAAUAGCUACAUCAAUUCACACUGAGGGGUCUAACGUCUCUGGACAGCCAUGUCCACUUAAAUUACAGGUCCAUGAUUUUCAGAAAUUCAUAUAUUAUAUUACUAUGCAAUUAUGUCAUGCAUAGAUAAUUUCUUUUAUUGUGCUUAUUACCCUAAAAUCUUGACAAUAAGCUGCUGCUUAUUUUCAUUUUCAGUGAGGAAUCAUAGGCUUAUUAUCGAAGCAGGCUUAUUUUCGAGGUCAUUUACAUACCAGCUAAUAUUAUUGAAAUACCUGGGUUUGUUUGACUUUAUGGAAUCCAAAGGCUUAUUUUUCAAAUCAGGCUUAUUAUAAAUAUGUUGGGAUAUUAGUAUGUUUGCAAAAGUUUAUGGCAAAACAUUGUUACGAAACUGUAGUUAUUUUUUUUGAAAUAUUUCAUUUCCAUUAGAAAUUUUGAGUGUACCAGUUAUUUAGAUUUCGUGAAUGGUUUGUUCAAAUUUUAUAAAAAUGGUUGACAUAAUUAAUUAGGAUGAAUUGUUUGUAAAUUGUUACUAGUUUUAAAUCAGUUUUUAUAGUUAAACUUUAAAAAGCUAGUUAAGAAUAAUUAUGAAUCUCUUAAAAGAAUUUAAGUGAGAACUUCUGAAUUAGAAAACAACUGUAUAUAAAUGUGUUUUAUACAUAAUGUACAUCGCAAGACAGCUUCGUUUCCAGUAUUCAUUACUUGUAAAACUGUAAGAUGACUUUGUUCUUUGCAUUGACUGGUUCAUUUUGUUUUAAUUUAUUGGCAGAUUUUUAUUACCUUCCCCUUUCUGCCAAAAAAAAUUCUUUUGUUCAUGCAGAGUGCAGAUAAUUAUUGGUGGAAGCUGAAUUAGGGUUUCAGUUACUGUUUUCAUUUUUCUAAAACGCUCCAACAAUUUAGAUCUAAUCAUUUUUGAUGUCCAUAUAUUUUUUUUAACUGUGUACUGUGAGCUUGAGCUUUUGCUAUGUUUCCUAUAAAUAUAUCAUAAACUUUUCUUUUGAAAGACUACUUGUCCAGAAAGGCUGAAGUAAUUUUCACAAGAUUUGUUAUAUGGAUAAGUUCUUUUCUGAUGCCUAAGCUAUUUUGCCCUGCACAAGUGCAUCAAUUAAUGCUUUUGUCACCCCAGUGUCAUUGUUGUAUCUUAGAAUUUGAUUUACAUGUACACUCAAUUUAGAAAUGUGUCAAUUUUAACUAGUAAAAGUUUGUAUGUGUUAGACUAUGAUGCUGUACCUAUAGUCUCCCAUGUCUGUACAAGUCUCAACUGAAUUUCUCAUAUAUAUACAUAUAGAUCAUGUUUAUAUGAAACAUAUCGGUUUCAAAUAUUAAUGUAAAUGUACUUCAGUAAUUCCAUUUAUUAUUUUUUAUAAAUCAGUAUUUUUAUAAUAUGUAAGAUUGUGUUUGUUUCAGUAAUUGACAAUGAUAAAUUAUUUUUAUACUGUUGAUAUUUAACAGAAUCGUUUUGUCACA